UCCGUGUUUACUUCGAUACGCUUGCGACGACUUACAAUUCAGUGCAGUUUGUGCAAUGGCAUUAUUUACAUUUCUUUUGUGUUUUUCAAUAUUCCUAUUAGGAUUAAUUUUUUAUUUAAAAAGGCUCAGUAAAGAGUACUAUUUGUUGGCAUGCUGCAGACAAUUGAAAACGGUGGAUGGCAGUAAAAUAUCGGAUAAGGUGUACAUAGUGCCGGGACGCACUAUUUUUGGCAACAACUUCGACAUAUUGAAUUCAAAUCCGGAGGAUAUUUACCACUGGUCUCGCGACCUCUACAAACGCGCAAAAGGUAAACCUUAUGCUUUGUAUUUUUACCAAGCUUGUAUUUACACAAUAACAAGUCCGGAAGCAGUACAAGAGGUUUUCCAAAGUCAAAGCUUAACAACAAAAGGCGUUGUAUAUGAAUUAGUGCGUCCAUUCUUGGGUGAGGGAUUGCUUGUGAGCUCAGAGCAACAUUGGCAUGACAGGCGAAAAUUGCUAACACCAGCUUUUCACUUUAAUAUAUUGCAGAGUUUUAUUGAAGUUUUCAAAAAUGAAACUUUAAAACUUGUUAAUUUGUUAAGCGCGAAGAAGGAUCAAAAUGUGAAUCUAAAUGAAAUAAUAUCGGAAUUCACUUUAAAUAGUGUUUGUGAAACUGCGCUUGGCGUUUCCUUGAACGACAUAUCUGGCAGCAGCGAGUAUCGCAAGAUCAUACAUGAGCUAGAGUUAGUGAUGGUGAAACGGCUAUGCAAUCCAUUUAUGUAUUAUCCUUUGGUAUUUAAAUUGUUCGGCGAUUACAAAGGAUUUUACAAAAAUGUAAAGGUGGCACAUAACUUCAGCAGUAAGAUUAUAACAAAGAAACGUGAGGAAUUUCAAAAAAGGCAAUUCGCCAAAGAAACUGUGCAUGAAAAUGAUGAUGAAACUGGUAAGCGGAAACGUUACGCCAUGUUGGAUACACUUUUCCACGCCGAGUCCCAGGGAGUGAUCGAUCAUAGAGGCAUUUGUGAUGAAGUGAAUACAUUUAUGUUCGAGGGCUAUGAUACGACGGCAACGUGCCUCAUUUUUACAUUAUUCAAUUUGGCCGUACACUCGGAUAUACAAGAGAAAUGUUAUCGAGAAGUAAAAAAUUACGAUUUGCCAGCAAUGAGCAUUUCCGACUUCAAUCAGUUGGAAUAUUUGGAACGUGUUGUAAAAGAAACACUACGUCUCCAACCCUCUGUGCCCUUCAUAUCGCGUUGCUGCCGCGAAGAUACAGAACUCAAUGGUGUGAUAUUGUCAGCCGGUAGUCAGAUUAAUAUACACAUACUCGACAUAAUGCGCGAUGAACAACAUUUUCCGGAUCCUUUAAAAUACGAUCCUGACCGAUUUUUGCCCGAAAAUAGCAUAAAUCGACAUCCGUACGCCUUUUUGCCUUUCAGUGCUGGUUCAAGGAAUUGCAUUGGUCAAAGAUUUGCCAUGCUGGAAAUUAAAGCUAUGCUAGUGGGCAUUUUGCAGAAUUUCCGGGUGCUGCCCGUCACCACACCAGAGGACAUUCGCUACGAAAAUGGAUUGGUUUUACGCACAAAAGAAAAUGUGCUAGUUAAGAUGGUUAAGAGGGCCAAUUAAAGGCCGCGUAGUAGCUAGAUAAACUCAAAGCAAUAAAACACUUAUGAGAAGAACUUGAGGCAUCGCACUGAGAUG